AUUUGACGUCACAUCCGGUUAACACAAAGGCUUUAUGAGCGACAGAUAUUCGCGCUAGAUAGCGAUGAUUCAUAAUUCAACUUCGAAAAUUUAAUGACAAUCGUUCUAUAAUACUUUUCUCAUGCAUUUUCUCUAGCUUAGUAAUUCAUCAUAAUUCAUAAGUCUAUUUUUUUCUCUCUCUCGAGAUGGCUCGAGUUGAAGAGACUUCUGGUCGGAUAACCUUGUUGGUUCUCCUUUCCACUGUUCAGCUCACCAUGGUCCGCUCUGCUGUCGAUCCGACUGCGAAUUCAGCCCAAGCCGAAGGAUUCCUGUCUAACCAAGCCAAGGACACUCAGCAUUUAAAAGAGCAUUUACAACAAGAGUUUGGAUUAGACGAGGACGCCGCAGCUCACUAUCUUAAGGAGAAUGAUGCAAAUGCACAAUUCUUCCUCAUGCACGACUACGACAAUAAUAGCAGAUUAGAUGGUUUGGAGAUCCUGAACUCGCUAUCGCACAACCACCACGAACAAGAUGCAGAACAUAACAAGGAACAAAGCCAAGAGCAGCUGAUCAGCUUUGUUGAUCUAAUUCUAAAUGACCAAGACCUUGAUAAAGACGGGUACAUCAGCUAUGCUGAGUUCAUUCGCUUUAUGAACAAACAGCAGCAGGAGGUGCACAAACAAGAGGAGCAGAAAUCACAGGGGCACAGUGAACAAGUGAAAGGACAAGGGUAGUAGAUAGUAGUUAUUAUAAUGUAGAAUAGAAAGGACAAGCGUACAGUAGUAGAUAGUGGUUAGUAAGUUAGUAUAGUGUACAUAAUAGUACUUUAACAUUUAAUUAUCAGUUCAAAUUCCAUAACCAUUCAGAAUUUUCACAUUAUUAUUUUUUAUUAUACUCCUUGCCAUAUGAACUUCAAAGCGCAUUAUAAUAUGGAAUUUUUUACUCAAAUAGAACAGAAGGCCAGGAUUACAUUAAUUUUAAAUCUUAAAAGUGCUAAAUUAUAGGUUUUCUAUGCACCCAAUAAACAAAAAAAUGUAGCUCAAUGCAAUUGAUGGAUAAAUGUCAAGAAAACAUGUAUCCAGUUCCCAGAUAGAAAUUGGACUGCAGAGAACCUACUAAAAUACACAAUCACAAGAAAUCUAAACAAUUUAUGUUAUCAAAUGUACAAAAAAGUAAAAUUGUUUCGUUAAUCCAUUACUAAAGGUCUACUUUCCUUAGUCUUCCUUGUGUUAUGUACCUGUGAAGUUAUCUGACAUUCUUCUGUAAACACUGACAAGCUUAAUACCACUAUUCCUGGUGACUUUCUGACCUUCCUCCGUACUGUCAUACAAUUUGUCGACAAUAGGAUCUGAAGCCUGCAAUAAAAAAAACAUUUUUUAUCUAAAA